UCGCCCCACCUCAGUGCUCGCGCGCGCGGCGCGAGUGGGCGCGAGUGCGGCGCGAAUCCGAUCCCCCCGUAUAAGAAGAAGCGGGGGUGAGUGGGCGGAUGGGAACCCAACCCGGCUCGCGAAACCGAAUCCUCCCUCCCCCGCCUCCUCCGGGUGCUGCUUCGGAAUCGAGAUACAUCCUUCCAGGUAGGUCGGCAACGCAACAAUGGAAGAAGGGAAAGACAAGAAUAACACCACUGAGAAGGGGCUGUUCUCAAACAUGAUGCAUGGGUAUCCACCUCAUGGAGGAUACGGAUACCCUCCUCAAGGUUACCCGCCACCGGGGGUCCCCUACCCUCCUCCCGGGGCGUAUCCUCCUCCACCACAAUAUGGGUACCCUCAGCCAGGUGGCUACCCACCUCACGGUGGAUAUCCCCCCGUCGGCUACCCUGGCUACGGGGGUGGCCAUGGAGGACAUGGCUAUGGCGGCGGGCACAUGGGCUAUGGAGGCGGCUAUGGCGGCGGCGGCCAUGCUCUCGGGCACCACCACGGAGGCCACGGCUACGGCCAUUAUGGUCACGGAGGCCAUGGCUACGGACACCACGGUCACGGACACUACCACGGCGGGCACGGCUGGGGGCACCAUGGCCAUGGAUAUCACCACCACCACCACCACGGCAAGCAUGGUUACGGCAAGUUCAAGAAGUGCAAGUGAUUUGCGUCUGCGCACAGUGAUUGCGCCUCAUCAACUAUCUUAAGUAAGCUUGGUUCCAGAAAUACCCCCGCGGCUGGGAAGAGCGCUAGCAUGUCUCCUGUGAGACUGCGAUGAUGCAAUGCUCCUGUACUGUUACUAGAUAUACCAUAUAAUUUGGUGCUGUAUAGCUAAUAAGGCUUGAUAAUAAGUAGCGGAAUCAGAUACCAGUCAUUUGCUGCAGUUCAGACGUUCUCUUUCGUC